AUGGCUUCCAUGUUCGAUCAGUACUCGAGCGACCUGAUAAGGGAAAGCUCCACCGAUUCGAAUGUGGGAGUUGGACCGCAAACGUCCGGUUAUGUGAGCGUCCGGACACGGAAGGAGGUACCCAUAUUUACGAAGCAAAAGAUGAACCUGAACCUACCGUCCGGCAUCCUGUUUCUGUCCGUGCAGAACGAUUGGCUGAUGAUGCUGAUGACCAACUUGACCGUGCUGCGCAUGAACCUAAAGCAGCCGGACAAGUUUACCGAGGUUCCGAUCGACAAAACCAUUGGUGGGUUGCGGCCUUCCAGCAUAUAUCUCGAUCCGCUCGGUACGCAUCUGUUUCUGACCUUUUUGCCGAAGUCGCCCGGCUUUACGCCGGAACUACUGUACCUGCAGCGUACCAGCUUCAAGCCGAAAUUUGUCACCAAGCUUAAGGAUCAGGAAAUUACCGCGAUUGGGUUCAACCACGUAAACGCGUCGGAAACGAGUACCGGUCCGAUACUGCUCGGUACCGCGCACGGCGUCAUUUGGGAGGCAGAGCUAGGGAUGGAGAGUGGCGAUAAGCUGGUGCAGAACAACGUCCGGCAUGCGUUCGACAUUGGCAAGGGUGAGCCGCGCCCAAUAACCGGGCUCGAGUUUUAUCUCAAAACAGAGCAAAAGCAACUGCACUGCAUCGUGCUCGUCCUGACGGUGGACCGGUUGUACAAGUUCCAUCACACGAUACGAUCCAUGGGCAAUGGUUCGUUGGCCGGUUCAGUACUGACCGCCGCCCAGGAGCUGAAGCUUGGUGGCUACCUUCAGAAGGUGUUCAGCCCGUACCAAAACGUGGACGACCAGCUGCGCGAUUUUGAGGAGUUGUCGGCGAGUGGUGGCAAGAGCACAGUGACUUCCGGCAACUGGCCGAAGCUGGUGUUUAACUACGAGGAAGAUUUUCCGAAAAGCUUCGGCUGUCUGACCGAGCACGGUAUCAACUAUCAGGAGAUCGAUCCGGCCAUCAAUCAGCCACAGUUUGUGGUACAGAAGGAGCUGAUCACGUACCCGGAACCGCGCUUCGUACCACCGGCAACCAACUCGCACAAGGUGGCACCGAAGACAAAUACGCCACUGUCGUUCAUACUGACGGAUUUCCAUGCGUUGCUGCUAUAUCCGGACCACGUUAGCGCAAUCUCGCUGCUAGACUACCAGGUCGUGUACGAGGAGUACUUUGUGGAACAGUACGGUCGAUUGCUAAACAUCGUCAAGGACGUACGUUCGAACGUAACGUUCGUGUACAGUAACAAGCUUAUUUUUCGAUACAAGAUUGUAAACGAGCAGCGAAACGCGUGGAAAUUGUACGCGGACCGACAGAAGUUUGAUCUUGCCCUGCAGUACUGCAACAAAAAUCCCGCCCACCGCGACAUCGUGCUCGUGAAGCAAGCACAAUCGUACUUUUACGCCAGCGACUAUUUGCAAGCGGCCGCCAUCUUUUCCGAAACGCAACUCAGCUUCGAGGAGGUGUGCCUCAAGUUUCUGCAGAAGAACUGUAACCGGGCGCUGCUGCUUUACCUGCGUAAUCGGCUGGCGCAGCUGAAACCGCACGAGAAAACGCAAAUUACGAUGCUGAUCGUGUGGAUCGUGCAGCUAUUUCUGGUGGAACUGUCGCACCAGCGGACCGGUGGUGGUGAUAAAGCGAACCGCGAACUGCAGAAACAGUUCGAAGCGUUCAUGGCCAGCCGGCCGGUGAUGGCGUGCGUGCGGCGCAAUCGUACCGCCAUCUACGAUCUGAUGGCAUCGUACGGCGAUACGCACAAUCUGACGGCGCUGACCACGAUCAAUCAGGACUACGAGUCGGUCAUCCAGCAGUACGUUAAUCAGGGCCGGUACGAGGAUGCGCUCGCGGUGCUGAGUGCACAGAAUCGUCCCGAGCUCGUCUACCAAUACGCACCGAUUGCGAUGGAACUGUUACCAUCCGCAACGGUUAGCAUGCUGAUCGGGCAGGGCCAUCGGCUCGAUCCGGUACGGCUGAUGCCGGCCCUGCUCUGUAUCGAUACGGUGCAGCAUGCGCACGAAACGGCACGCUACCUGGAGUACUGUAUCCAUUCGCGGGGUUGCGUCGAACCGGCCCUGCACAACUAUCUCAUCCAGCUGUACGGCGUUUACUUUCCGGACGAGUUGCUAACGUUCCUGGAGUCGCAGGGUCGCGAUACAACCAUGGUACACUACGAUCCACAUUACGCCUUGCGUACCACCCUGCGGCACGAUAUCCGGCCGGCGAGUGUGUUUCUGCACUGUUUGUUAGAAAUGUGGGUGCCGGCAGUACGGCUGGCCCUUACGUUGCACGAUCCGGAGGAGGCUCGACAACUGGCCCGUCAAACGGCCGCCCAACCGACCGACAGGGUGCUACGCAAACGACUCUGGCUGUUGAUCGCAGAGCACGAGAUACGGGGCACUCGUGAUGAGGAGGUGCAGCGAGCCCUCGGCAUACUGCAGGAGUGUGAUCAGCUGCGCAUCGAGGAUCUGUUGCCGUACUUUUCCGAUUUUCAGCGCAUCGACCACUUUAAAGAAGCGAUCUGCCGAUCUUUGAAGGAGUACAACGUGAAGAUACAAGAGCAACGUCGUGAUAUGGAGGAGUCGGCCAAAUCGGCCAACCGUGUGCGUCAAGAGCUGCAAACGUUCCGCAGCCGUUCGGUGACGGUUAGCGCCCAGGAACAGUGUGCCGUAUGCAGCGUCUAUCUGAUGUUGAAACCCUUCUUCGUAUUUCACUGUGGGCACAAAUUUCAUGCCGACUGUCUCGAACGUCAGGUGUUGCCGUAUUUAAGCCCUACAAUGUCGGCACGGUUAACAAUGCUGAAGCAAACACUUGCAGCCACCCAGCAAGUGGUAGACAGUGGAACGUCAGGAGUAGUCGGCGGCCCAGCAGCUGCAUCCUCUGCCGCACCGGACACUGUCGUACAGACCGUUUCGCAUAAGGAAAAGCUCAAGAGCGAAAUCGAAGCCAUCAUCUCGUCAGAGUGUCUAUACUGUGGACAUCUGAUGAUAAAUACGCUUGACAAACCGUUCGUCGAAAACUGGCAGCAAGCUGAUAGUGAAUGGGAUUAG